CCGGUAAAUCGACGCCCCAGUUUUGAGGUAAAAUGCGGUUUGUGUUUGUUCCCACUCUCUUUGUCUCCUAGGCAUUCUUCUCAUUGCAAGUCGGCAAUGCGUAUGCACGGAAUGGUCAAGGCCUACACCCGUACUUUUCCAACAGUCGCAACUUUGUCCGUGUCAAGGAUAACGGCAAGCGCAUGACAAUGUUGCGCUAUCGUCGCUUACAGAUCGCUGCCAUGCUGAUCGACCUGCCACCCACCAAGCACAUGCUGGAGUCAUUCACAGUCGACCUACUCAGUUCAUCAGCGUCCAACGUGAUCAUUGCCGUAUCCGGUAUCUUUGAAGAAACGCUCACUCAACAGGCGGUGAUGCGUGCGUUCACACGGACAUUCAUUCUCAUUGCCGGUCCUGGCGGUGACAGUAUACGGAUAGCAAAUGAUGAACUGCAACUGCGCAACCCGUCCCCGGCUCAGCUACAGAACCCUACAGCUCCUCCGGUGCAAGAACCUUCGCAGGCCGGUGUGGCCGCAGCCAGUGUCAUUGCUGCAGUGCCAGCUGCUGUAGUAGCACCAGCACAGGCGUCCAUUACCAGUCCGUUGGCACUGUCUCCAGAGCAGCAACAACGUCAGGGAAUGAUUGAGCAGUUCUCCACGCAGUCUGGCAUGAACCGCGAAUGGUCUGAAAAGUGUUUAGCGGAGAAUAGCUGGAAUUAUGAAGUCGCUGGGCAAAUGUUCACGCGGCUACAAUCGCAGAAGCAGAUUCCACCGGAGGCAUUCGUCAAGUGAGCAUUGCGCCGUGCAGGACGUCGGCGUCCAGUUAUUUUACCUUCUCUCGUCCCGUCGUCCCCCUCUGUCUCUUGAGCAGAUGUGUACAUACCUCGUCACGGCAUGUGUAUAGUUAGUGAGCGCGCGCUUGUGAGCGUGCUCUGAGACGCUCGUAAGUCUGGAAGUGCACGCCGCUGUGCGCUGGUGCUUUCUUCGACCACUGCUUAGUGCUAUCUCCCCUGCUGCUGCUGCUGCCGCUUCCCUGUCUAGUUCAUCGCCGUUGCUGCGGUUUAGCAACGCCAUCUACAUCGUAUGAGCCCCGGCAACAACAACAACAACUGUGUCUUCUAGCGUGUAUUCAGCGUCGGCAACCGUCUUCAUCAUCUACUUUGGCUGGCUUGAAUGCGUGCAAGCCUCGUAUAGUAAUUUUGUGCAUAGCUGAUUCCAGGUGACGUGCGCACAAUAUCAUCAGAACUUGAAAUGGAACUUAUUAUCAGAGAAACAUGAAAGCUCGUCGUGAUCAAUAGCUGGCCCGCACCUACUGAACCGUUGCGAAUUGCGUUGUGUUUCGAUAUAGCCUGCUGCAGUGUACACAGCAUCAGUGGUGGUGCUUCAACGGCCCGGUAAAUUCUCAAGAGUGAGUGUGUGUGUGUGUGUACGCGUGUGCACACACGCUCUGGUGUGGAGCAGCUGUGUUGCCCGACAGAACACGUUAUGUCUCGCCGUGUGUCAUCAGCUCCGAGCCAGUGUCGGUCAGCGUGCACACAGGAAACGCAGCACAGCGGCAUGCGUGCGCGUGACAUGCUCGUGCAUGCAAUCCGUCUUGUCUUCGUCUUUAGGAAUGUCUUGUUGCCGAUGUCGAGUUAUCGAUGGGCUGUCUUAUGGCCGAUGUCGAGUUGUCGAUGGACUUGUUUCGUUACCGAUGUCGAGUUGCCGAUGGACUUGUUUCGUUACCGAUGUCGAGUUGCCGAUGGACUUGUUUCGUUACCGAUGUCGAGUUGUCGAUGGACUUGUUUCGUUACCGAUGUCGAGUUAUUGAUGGACUGUCUUGUUGCCGAUGUCAAGUUGUCGAUGGACUUGUUUCGUUACCGAUGUCGAGUUGCCGAUGGACUUGUUUCGUUACCGAUGUCGAGUUGCCGAUGGACUUGUUUCGUUACCGAUGUCGAGUUGUCGAUGGACUUGUUUCGUUACCGAUGUCGAGUUAUUGAUGGACUGUCUUGUUGCCGAUGUCAAGUUGUCGAUGGACUUGUUUCGUUACCGAUGUCGAGUUGCCGAUGGACUUGUUUCGUUACCGAUGUCGUGGAGUUGUCGAUCGAAUCUCUCCGCAUCUACUUAUGCCUGUGCACCGUAAGGGAAAUUGAUGCCUGGAAUACUCGCAAUUCCGGGCAUUCAUGUAGAUCAUCAGUAUGUUUGGCCACUCUGUACACCCUGGACCGUUGCCGUAUGUGCGUGUGUUUAUGUUGCAUGCAUGCUGCUGCUGCGGCGGCGGCGGCGAGUGGCGACAUCAACAAUUCAGAUCUGACAUCAUUUUUUUUAAAGUAAUCUUUAUACCGCUGCUGCGCAUGGCUUUCAUCACGGAGUUGUAAAAUACCAAUUCCCUGGUUUUCAUUAUCCUAGCGUAAUACUCACUUUCGUUGCAAAAUCUGUUGUUCGUGUGAGCCAUAGCCGACACACCUCCCCUCCCUUCCACGACGUGACUUUUCACUGCACAUCACACAACAAAAACUACUUUCUUUUUGUCUGGGGCCAAAGGUAUCUCUCUCAUUCUCGAUUCUCUUCUUCUCUGUCCACUGAUUUGCCUCGCGUCUGUUCUGGUUCUUUUGAUCAUAGGUCUAAUUUCUGCUUUUUCUUCAUUCUCUACUACAGUUAUCUUCCUGUCUCUCUCUCUCUCUCUCUCUCUCUCUCUCUCUCUCUCUUUCUUCCUACUCUUUUCUUGACUUUGGUUUUAGUCUCACGACACUUGAUUUAUUUUUUUAUGGUGUUUUAUUAAUAAGAUUUUGUGUGGUGUGUUUUUUAAUCAA